AUGCAAGGCGUAAAAUACGCGAACCAAGAGUUUGCACAUCUACUCCCGCCUUCGUGGAAGUCUGUAGUUCAGACAUGGUUGGCCGAGGAUACACCAUCGUUUGAUUGGGGUGGAUAUGUUGUAGGUGAGGUGGAGAGAGAGGCAUACCUAUUAGGGAAAGGAAAGGAAGUAGCUGUACUCGCCGGGGUUCCUUUUGUCGACGAAGUCUUUCAAGUGCUUGGAUGCACGGUUCAAUGGCACAUGCGAGAGGGCGAGGUCUUUGAACCAGUCACACGCGUAGCGACUGUCCGAGGGCCCGCUCGACACCUCCUAUUGGGCGAACGCGUAGCUCUCAACGUCUUGGCUCGGUGCAGCGGAAUAGCAACCAAGAGCCGUCGGUUCCGAGAUGCAGCUCGCGCAGCAGGAUUCAAAGGUAUCCUUGCUGGUACGCGAAAAACGACGCCUGGAUUCAGGUUGGUCGAAAAGUACGGCAUGCUGGUGGGAGGUAUUGACGCGCACCGAUUCGAUUUGUCGAGCAUGGUUAUGCUCAAGGAUAAUCAUGUGUGGUCUACUGGGUCGAUCGCUGCGGCUAUCGCGACUGCGCGUCGGGUGGCUGGAUUUAGCCUGAUCAUUGACGUAGAGGUACGGAACGAGCGUGAGGCGGAUGAGGCGAUCGAAGCUGGAGCGGAUGUUAUCAUGUUGGACAAUAUCGAUGGAGAAAUGCUUGUCAUUGUCGCUAGGAGGUUGAGGGAGCGUUGGAGGGGGCGGAGAACGUUUAAACUCGAAACGAGCGGAGGAAUUGAGGAAGGAAAUUUGAUUGAACGGGCUAUCAAUGAUAUCGAUAUUUUGAGCACAAGUGCGGUCCAUCAGGGCGUUACACACGUAGACUUCAGCUUGAAGUUGCAGAUUCCCGGAAUGUCUGUCGCCUCUUCUGCUUAUUCUUCGCGCUUGGACGUUCCGAUGACAGGGGUCACGAGGAGUAAAGGCGGUAGUCGUGCUACUUCAGUAUCAGCGGAUUCAAUUGAUUUGGCCGCAGAGGCAGCGGCAGACUUGGAGGCGGAACUUGCUUGA